AGUCAUGGCUCAAACAACUCAGUGGCUUGUUAAGGCAGUGGUUACUCAAACUCCAAAGUUAGUGAAUGCUGCUGUGAUGUAUUCUCAACCUCGUUUAUCCACCUUCUGGUAUUAUGCAAAAGUUGAACUGGUUCCACCAUCUCCAGCAGAGAUACCCAAAGCGAUUGAGAGCAUGAAACAAAUGGUUAAAAACUUCCAGACAGGCCGAUAUAAGCAGCUUACAGUUAAGGAGGCCUUAAGGAACAGCUUGGUGGCUACUGAAGUGCUGAUGUGGUUUUAUAUUGGAGAGAUCAUUGGCAGACGCAGCCUGAUUGGAUACAAUGUUUGAGGAGCAUUGGUUUUCAUGUACAUAAUCACUGUGCAGCAAGAACUGUUGUGUUUAAAUGGUUUCAUUUCACCCAGUGUCUGUUAACUAUUAAAGAAAAUUUAC